AUGGAAAAUGGGUCUCUUGCAGAUUUUCUUUUACAGACUUCAAAACCAACUUGGUAUACAAGAAUUCAGCUUGUUUUAGGAAUUGCAAGAGGGUUAAGUUACUUACAUGAAGAGUGCAGUACUCAGAUCAUUCAUUGUGAUAUAAAGCCGCAAAACAUUCUUCUUGAUGAUAGUUAUGGUGCAAAAAUUGCAGAUUUUGGAUUGUCUAAACUUCUGAAGAAACACCAAACUCAAACCAUGACAGCAAUUAGAGGAACAAAAGGGUAUGUGGCUCGUGAAUGGUUUAGAAGCUUGCCCAUCACAGUGAAGGUUGAUGUUUAUAGCUUUGGGAUUCUUUUAUUAAUGAAGAUGAUCGGUUGUAGAAAGAAUUUUGAAAUGGAAAUAGAACAUGAAGAUGAAAUGAUACUGAGUGAUAUAUUGGGUUUAUGA